AAAUGAUUUUAAUCCCACAUUUUUCUUUCUUUCGGAGCUAAUCAAGUGGAGGACGGAAAUGGAAAAUCAAACUUUGCAUGCAAUUGCUGACAAAAAUGGAAACUACUACUAAACUAAUCUCGAUGACAUUUUUGAUAUUCUAAUCCCAAUUAUUCGUUUGCCGCAAAAACAGAAUCAAACAAGGAGGGACAGCCAUUGAAGUUGGUAGAACCGCGAAAGAAGGUAUCCCAGUUUCAAGUUUCAAUCAAAUUCAAAGCAGAUAAGCUUCUUCCAAAUUUUGUACCAAAUAUUUACAGUAUGGUCUGUUAGGUUUAAUGGGUUUGUAGGAUAGAAGGGGUAUGGUGUUAUAUUGGGAAGAGUGUAGAUAAAGAAUCCGAUUAUCAAUUAUUUCUGACACCCAUUUGGACUUUUGAUGAAAACUGGAGAUGGGUUUUUAAGAACAGUGAUAAAAACAGUUAAUUUUGCCAUCUCGCUCUGUGAAUAACAUGCUGGUUCGUAGCCAGAGUUCGGGGGAUUCGGAUGUUGGUUAUGGAAGAAGGUUAUCGGGUGUUUUCGAAAGUCUGGUUAGGAGAAAACAGGUGGAUUCUGAGAAUGUAACGAGGGAGAAUCAUCAUCAACUUGCUAAGAAAUUAUCAGCAAUUGACCUUGUUGCCAUUGGAGUUGGAGCUACAAUUGGAGCUGGAGUGUAUAUCUUGGUUGGAACAGUUGCCAGAGAGCACGCUGGACCUUCUCUUGCAAUAUCAUUCUUAAUUGCUGGGGUAGCUGCUGCACUCUCAGCAUUUUGUUAUGCAGAGCUUGCAUGUCGGUGCCCAUCUGCAGGGAGUGCCUAUCACUAUACAUACAUUUGUGUUGGAGAAGGAGUUGCUUGGUUGGUUGGUUGGGCUCUUAUUUUGGAAUGGACAAUUGGUGGUUCUACGGUGGCUCGUGGCAUAACUCCCAAUCUGGCACUGUUUUUGGGAGGUCAGGAUAAGUUACCUGCUUUCUUGGCCCGUAUUACCAUCCCUGUACUCGAUAUUGUUGUUGAUCCAUGUGCAGCAAUCUUAAUCUUUAUUGUUACUGCACUUUUGUGCGUUGGGAUAAAAAAGAGUUCAUUGGCUCAAACGAUAGUCACAACCAUAAAUGUAUGUGCUUUGCUUUUCAUUUCCAUAGUCGGUGGAUAUCUGGGUUUCAGAGAUGGAUGGGUUGGAUACGAACUUCCAAACGGAUACUUCCCGUUUGGGGUGAAUGGGAUGUUUGCUGGGUCUGCAGUAGUUUUCUUUUCAUAUAUCGGAUUUGAUUCAAUUACUAGCACUGCUGAGGAGAUGAAGAAUCCUCAACGAGAUUUGCCCCUUGGCAUAGGACUCACUAUGCUUAUCUGUAGCAUUUUGUAUAUGCUCGUUUCCACGGUGAUCGUUGGCUUGGUGCCAUACUAUGCCUUGGAUCCGGACACCCCUAUUUCCUCUGCAUUUUCUACCUAUGGUGUGCAGUGGGCCAUGUACGUGAUUACGGUUGGGGCUGUGACUGCUCUUUUUGCUAGCUUAUUGGGAUCAAUUCUUCCUCAGCCCCGGAUUCUAAUGGCCAUGGCUAGAGAUGGAUUGUUACCCUCUAUUUUUGCAGACAUCAAUAAACACACUCAAGUUCCAGUAAAGGGCACCAUUAUAACAGGUCUUUUUGCAGCAGCUCUAGCCUUCUUUAUGGAUGUUUCGCAGUUGGCAGGAAUGGUAAGUGUGGGAACACUUCUUGCAUUUACUACAGUUGCAAUAUCAGUUUUGAUACUCAGAUAUGUCCCACCACAUGAGUCCCCACUCCCAUCUUCACUUCAAGAGGCUAUCAACUCAACAUUAUCACAGUUGGAUGGUGAGAGUCAGAAAACUGAUAGCAAUGUUCUUGGAGAUUCAUCUGGUUUUCACGAGACUAAUAUCCAAGAUUCAAACGACGAAGGGAACGGCAUGCUCAGUUACCCUCUUAUUGAGAGACAAGUAUCUAGAGAAGAGAAAAGGCGAAAAACCGCUGCCUGGGCUAUUGCACUUGUCUGUUUAGGAAUUCUAAUAGUUACAUUCACAGCUUCAGCUAAGUAUCUCCCCAGCAUUCCUCGUUUCAUCUCAUGUGGAGUUGGUGGAGUUCUUCUAUUGGGUAGCUUGAUUGUGUUGGCUUCUUUAGAACAAGAUGAUGCAAGGCACAGUUUUGGCCAUAGAGGAGGUUUUGCUUGUCCAUUUGUACCUUUCUUACCAGUCGCUUGCAUUCUUAUAAACUCCUACUUGCUGAUUGAUCUUGGGCUUGCAACUUGGAUACGGGUUUCUGUCUGGUUUGCAAUUGGAGCAUUGGUCUACAUGUUUUAUGGUCGGACUCACAGCUCACUUGUUAAUGCAGUCUACGUGCGCACAAAUUACGUCGACGAGAUCUAUCGCUCAUCAGAUCAUGUAGCAUAGUCUUCAUACGUCACAUGGUAAAUGGAAAGAGCUUUGGCAUGCCUCUGUAGUUAUUUAUAGGGUUCCAUAUUUCCCUUUUCUUGUUGGUCCAAGGCAGUACCAUUACCAUAUCAUAGGUUUGAUAUCAAAAUUGUGAUUUUAGGUUCUCAAGGUAUAUAUGAAUCAAAUUGUAUAUCUGUUCUUAAAAAACAAUAGUUUUAUCUUCCCUUAAAACUUAUUGUACAAAAUUUUCCAAAGUACAUAAAUAGCAGUGAAAACUGAUGAGUCAAAUAUAAUGCUGUUAUUUGUUUCCUCGUA